AUGGCAGCUUCAUUAGUUUCCUCGAUUGCUAAUCAUCUUAACAUGCUAAAGCCGUCUCCUGAAGAAGGAUUGCAUAAUAAUAAAGAUGAGAGCGAUGUGAAGUAUGAUCCUUUGUACGAUAGUUUGAAGCGUGGUGAUUGGAAUGCUGCAAAGGAGUUUAUUGAUCGACACCCCGGUGCACUAACAUAUAGAGGUUCAUCAAGCGGUGGGACAGCUCUUCACGAGGCAAUCGAGAGGAAGCAGUUACACAUUGUGGAAGAGUUGUUGAAGCUGAUGACAGAAAAGGACUUGGAAAUUGAAGAUGGCGAUGGUUUCACAGCUUUUUUCUAUGCUUUGCUAAAAGGAAUGGCCGCAAUAGUUGCCAAAAUGGUUAAAAAGAACAAGAAUUUAGUUACCAAGCGUUUUACCAACUCAAAAGAUAGGACUCCAGUUUUAGUCGCUUGUGGUUGGGGCCACUGGGAAAUAGCUCGCUUUCUCUAUUCUCGCACUCCAAUCCAUGUUUUGACUCAAGAUAAGAACGGCCGCGAUGGUGCUCAACUUAUUUCCUAUUGCCUUGUCCACAGAAAUAAAUCGGAUAUUGGAUGGGAUUUGCUUCAGAAGUAUCCAAAAUUGGCCCUUACUGAAAAUUACUCGCUGGGGCACUCUCCUCUAAAUACACUGGCUGGUUUGCAUUCCGCAUUUCCAAGUGAAGUUCCCCUAAGUUGUUGGCAGCGUUUGAUCUAUAACAAUAUACACGUACAACAACCUCAACCUGUUCCUAUCAACUCUGAUGUUUGUGUAAAUUUUGAAGAACUAGAAGAUGACAAAAGAAAUCGAAGGUAUCUCAUUUCCUCAGUUACGGGUUUCUUCCAAGGAGUUGUUAAGAAUCUUCUCAAACUGUUAGGAGUCCAUGACUUGCAUGAAAUGAGAUUGCACCAUGUCGGAAUGCUUGAAUUUCUACGGCUCAUGGGUGACGUGGUAAAAAGUAGAGAUCUUGACUCGAAGCAAACUGACUUCGUGCUAAAGGCAAUCUUCCGAGCUGUAGAACGAGGACAAGUGGAGUUCAUUAAGGAGAUGUGUAAGGCAAUCCCACUAAUGACGAGGGAUGAAAGAGGCAGAUCAAUAUUUCAUUAUGCCGUUGAAUGUCGUCGAGAAAAAGUUUUUAAUCUUAUAUAUGGGCUCAGUGAAUAUGAUAGGAAUGCUAUCUUAACGAGUGCAGAUGACUUUAACAAUACUAUCCUACAUGCAGCAGGGAGUUUAUCUGCACAUCUUAAUCAUAUUCAAGGUGCAGCUUUGCAAAUGCAAAGAGAGCUACAAUGGUUCAAGGAGGUGGAGAGUAUUGUACCCCUGCCGGCCUUAGAAACUAUAAAUUUUACUGAGAAAAUGACAGCACGAGAAGUAUUCACCGAGAACCACAAAGAAUUGGUGAAGGAAGGAGAAGAAUCGAUGAAAGGAACAGCAACUUCUUGCACAGUCGUAGGUGCCCUCAUUGUUACCAUUAUGUUUGCUGCUGCAUUUACAGUUCCUGGUGGAAGCAAUCAAGAUACAGGGUUUCCCAUCUUCUUAGGAAAGAAGUUCUUUAGGGUUUUUCUAAUUUCAGAUUCUAUAUCACUCUUUUCUUCGACGACAUCAGUGAUGAUAUUUUUGGGAAUUCUCACAUCACGUUAUGCAGAAGACGAUUUCCUCAGGUCUUUGCCCACAAAAAUGCUAUUAGGCCUUUUCACCCUUUUUUUAUCUAUCGCCGCCAUGAUGGUUGCUUUUUCUUCAACUCUUUUUAUUCUGCUUGAGGGAGAAUCAUGGGUAUCUUUUCCAAUCAUUUUGCUUGCUGGCGUUCCAAUCGCCUCGUUUCUGUGGAUGCAAUUCCCCGUAUUUUUUAAAUGA